UUAGGAGACAGCCACCACUUCAUCAUCCAACUAAAUACUCUUAUUUAAUUAUCAAAUGUAAUCAAAUAUGUUAUAAAGUUAUUUUAUAAUAUCAACCAAUAAAAAUCAUAAAAAAAUUAUCAACAUAUAUAGUCUUUUUAUAUACAUAUAAUUACUCAUUAUGAUAUGAACUUUUUCAUAAUUUCUGCUAAUAUAUAAAUAAUAAUCUCAAAAGCCAAACAGCAAAUAUAAAUACACACACAAAACCAAAGAAAAAAAAAAGAAAAAGACACAAAAUAAACAGAGUAUAUCAGUAUACCUCUCUCUCUCUCUCUCUCUCUCUCUCUCUCUCUCUGUUAUCGUUAUCACAACACAACACACCUCGUACUGUGUUCUGUUCUGUACUUCUGUUGUGCUCUGUUCCGUAGCCAUACCCCAAAAUGGAUUUUCGGUACUUUUCUAUGCCUACGGACGAUGAAUUUGAGAAGCUUCUCAUUCGGAUGAAUCCUCCAAGAGUAACUGUGGACAACAGUUCUAGCAAAACAGCCACAUUGAUAAAGGUUGAUGGUGCAAAUAGGUGUGGGAUAUUAUUGAAGAUGGUUCAAACUCUGAUUGAUAUGAACAUCAUUAUAAAUAGAGCUUACAUUUCCUCUGAUGGAGAAUGGUUUAUGGAUGUGUUUCAUUGUACGGAUCAAAAUGGGAAUAAGCUUCUUGAAGAUAAUUUAGCCGACAGAAUUCAACAGUCACUUGGUCCAGCAGCCUUUGGUUUCCAAGCUCUUAGGAGAUCCAUUGGAGUUGAAGUUGAAUCCGUUUUAGAACACACAACAAUCGAAUUAACCGGAAAAGACCGGCCGGGACUACUCUCGGAGAUUUUCGCCAUCCUGGCAGACCUUAAAUGCAAUGUGUUAGCAGCAGAAGUAUGGACACACAAUUCAAGAAUGGCAUCAGUUCUUUACAUAACUGAUGAGGCAACAAAGUUGCCAAUCAACAAUCCUGAACAUCUUGCAAAGAUCAAGCAGCUCUUGUUCUAUGUUCUUAGAGGGGACAUAGAAAACAAGAGUGGUGGUGUUGAUGCCAACACUGCUGUUGUCUCUGUUGGAUCAACUCACAAGGAAAGGAGGCUGCACCAGAUGAUGUAUGCUAAUCGAGAUUACGACACGUGUGAUGAGGAUUGUAAUGGAUCAACAAGUGAUGAGAGUAACAAGAAGAAACCAAUUGUGACUGUUGAUUAUUGUGCUGAUAAAGUUUACACGGUUGUGAACUUGAGGUGCCUUGAUAGGCCAAAGUUGCUCUUUGAUGCUGUUUGCACUCUCACUGAUAUGCAGUAUGUUGUUUACCAUGGAACUGCCAUUGCUGAAGGACCAGAGGCAUAUCAGGAAUAUUAUAUAAGGCAUAUAGAUGGAUAUCCAAUCAGCUCUGAAGCAGAAAGGCAAAGAGUGAUUCAUUGCUUGGAAGCUGCUAUUAAAAGAAGAACUUCUGAAGGCAUACAACUAGAAUUUUGUUGUGAAGAUAGAGUUGGGCUUCUCUCAGAUGUAACUCGAAUAUUCAGAGAGAAUGGAUUUUCAGUAAUUCGUGCUGAAGUUACAACAAGAGAUUGUAAAGCCAUGAAUGUGUUCUAUGUUGCUGAUGCAUAUGGUGCUCCUGUUAAGACUGAAACAAUUGAAGCUGUUAGAAAAGAAAUUGGCUUCACCAUACUUCAUGUCAAGAAUAAUGAUAACAAUAACAAUGUAAUGAAUGUAUUCUCAUCAUCAAAGGAUACAACACCCCAAGAGAGUGGAAGAUUUUCUUUGUCUAAUCUUUUUAAAAUGAGGUCUGUCAAGUUCUUCUGCAAAAGCUUUAUGGGGUCUUUUUCUUGAACUAUUUCAUAUUAUUAUAUGUUGUAAUUUCAUAAGAGGUGUGUGUGUGUGUGUGUGUGAUAUUCACUUUUCUGGUGAGUAUUUUAUGUACACUUGGGGGGAAAAAAAAGAAAGAAAAUAGGAAAUAGUAAAUUGAUUCUGUUCAAUUUGUUAUUGUAAUGAUUUAUGGUUGAUCUCUUUGGAUCUUUUUUAGUAUAAAAUUGUAAUCAAUUUGUCAGAUUA